UGCUACCCGUUUGGAACAUAUUUUUCCUCCUCGUUUUUUCUCUUUUAAUGCUCCUGAUAGCAACCUUAAACCUUCACCCCCUUCACUUCCUUGUUAGUCUUUAAACAAUUAUGGCUUCAUUUGAAUUUGAUAAUGUUAUGGCCGGGAAAGAAGAUGGCUUAUGGAAGUAUAACGAUGAGUGGAAUUUCAAGGUUGGUCUUAGCUUCAUCGGGUUUCUGUUGGUUUUGUUUUUGCUGUCGUGGUCCUUGUUCCCCGCCGUCGAGGUAGCUGGAGGUUUUGGUCGAUAUUUGCUUUCUACUUUUAAUAAACCACUUUUCACUUUCAUCCUCGUAAACAUUAUCAUAGUUGCUGUUUAUGUUUUAUCUAACCAAAAUCAGUCCCGGAAACCAACCACCAGUCCUGAUAUAUACGAUGAGUACCUUAGCUCACGCCGUAGUGUGCCCACAUCAGCCGCCACCACCGCAGGCCCCGUCAAGGAAGAGACCAUGGUAGACAAACAAAUCAUCCUGAUAGAAAAUGCAGCUGCUCUAGUUUCUCAGCAACCUACGACCGGUGGCUGUGAAACAGUUACAGAGACAAAACGUUCCGUUUCCCCAGUUAAACAACGACAACCAGCUACGGAGAACCGUACAGCUCCAAUCCAAGGGAUAAAGCAAAAGGAGUACCGAAGAAGUCGAUCAAUGGUUUCAGAAUCUCGAACCCAAGGAAGCCGCAUGUAUCGGAGGUCGGAGACGGCUAUCAUCAGUCGAGAACUGGUUUCAGGCGCCGAGCCACCUAGGAAAUCAAUGUAUGAGAUGAGUAGUGAAGAGUUUCGGUCGAUAAUAGACAGUUUCAUCGCUGAGAAAAAGAGAACUCUGAUGCAAGAAAACAUCGUUCAUUACACUGGGAGGAAAGAUAAGUGCCUGUCAAUUGUCGUUAAGAAUUAAGAGAUUAUUAGACAAAAAUUAGUGAGUUAAAACAUAAUCUAACUCGAUAUUCGAAUACGUAGGCUUAUCAGGAUCCAUAUUUUUAACUACUAUGGGAUGUACAGCGAUAAAAUUUCUAAGGUUUUGUGGGAGUAAAUUUAAGUUAACCAUGUUGUGC